AGAAGCUCUCCCCACAAUCCUUUGCGGUAGUUCAAGAUGGCGGCGCCCCGUGCCAACCUGAGCGAUUUGGAGAGCAGCAACAGCAGCGGCAGCGAUGCGGAGGAACUGGCACGGUGCCGGGAGGCGGCGAUGCCAGCCUGGGGCUUGGAGCUGCACCAGAGAGGGCCGGAGAAGUCAAGAGCCGGUGCUGGAAAUAAUCAGGGGCCAGCCACCCAGCCGAGCCUCAGGCAUAGAGUGGACGACCAUGAACAAGAUGGCAAUGAACUUCAGACCACCCCCGAAUUCCGAGCCCACGUAGCCAAGAAACUGGGAGCCCUGCUGGACAGUUCGAUUACCAUCUCAGAAGUAGUGGAGGAGCCAGCAAAGCCUAAGGUGCAGCAAGUCCCCGCAGAGGACGACGGCUUCCGCCUCUUCUUCACAUCCAUCCCGGGAGGCUUCGAGAAGAAAGCUGCUCCCCAGCCUGGACGAAAGCGAUUACAUUCUGGCUCCAGCAGUGAGGACAGCGAGGAGGAAUGGCAGCGGUGCCGGGAGGCAGCUGUGUCGGCCUCCGACAUCCUCCAGGAAUCUGCUAUCCAUGGCCCUCUAAGAGUGGACGGAGAGGCAAAGAAAAAGAAAAAGAAGUUUAAAAAGAAAGCCAAGAAGGAGGCCAGUGCCAACUUGGACGCUGCCGCCGCCGUCAUAAGCGAAACUGCAGUUAGGAAGCAGGAAAAGCAGUCACCCAAGCUCAAUGGAGACCAGCCAUCACUUGGGACCAAAAAGAAGAGAAGGAAGAAAAAAGCCAAGAAGACCAGUGAGGCUUCCCCAUUCCCAUCAACAAAGAGUACAGUGGCCACGCCUGCAAACUGACCUUGGCAUAUGGGCCCAAGGCUCAGCCAGUCUGGAGGACAAGGUGCCCUUUGGGGACAAGUCAUUUCCAAGCCCCAUCUCCCUUUCCAAGUCCAAGAACUUGGAUAGGAAGUCCAUACCUGGACCAUGAUUGGGGCUUGCCCAAGGGUCGGGACAAAGACAGCUGUAGAGUGAGAAGCCUAAUUAAGGCCUGCCCAUUGGUGCUCCCCCUGGGGGAUGGGGCAGACCUGUGGUACCAGAACAUUCCAUGGCUUCAGGAAAAAGGAGCCAUCCACCUAUUCAAGAUUGUUGACCAGGUGGUAAAGCUUUUCUUCCCUGUACUGUCUGAGGAGAGUGAGUGAAGGGAGAGCUUUUCCUUUCCUUCCACCUUCUCAACCUGGUGUGGCAGAAAACCAUAAGAAACUGAGGGAAGGGCGGCUCGGCCCAGAAGGAGUUUUUUCUGCCUCCAGGCCACACAGACUUUAUACAACAUUGUCUGAGAGAUUUUCUCCCCCACUAGGUUUCCAGAAUUUUUUUCCUCCACGUUUGUGAAUGUACCAUGCAUGAUCAUGUGUCUGAGCCAACCAGAUGAUUGAAAAUAAAUUGUCAAGAGACCCCCAAACUUAACAAAAUAGUUGGGGUUCUGCCUGUGUAUCGAUGCUGAAUCUUGAUGAGACAGUUUUAAUAAACAUCACUCAGGUAGAA